GUGAUUUUUCCGUUUUCUCAUGAAUGCAGUAAUUGCACUGUGUCAUUUCUGUGAACUACACGGUCCCUUGGCUAUCUUCUGCACGCAGACUCUCCGGGAGACACGCCUCAGUGAUGUGUUGUGCACUAAGAAGGGGGAUCUGCUCAGCAAGAAGUGCUCUGCGUGCACUUCCUUGGACGAUUCAAUGGUGUUCAUGACCAAGGACGAGGCUGGUCAAGCGAAAUUCGUAAGUUCUCAGCAGCCUGUGAUUGGAGAUGUAAUCCCACUGGUGAAGCAAGCAGCCUUUCGAAGUCUCAGCUGCGAGAUCAACAACAAAGACGACGGACUGGUGUUCUUCGGAGACGGAUCCCGUGGACACGUUCUCAGUCACACCUUCCAAAUACCCGACUCCAAGGCGAGAGGAUUCUACAGGCUCUUCUCGAUUCUGGUCCUGAUGAAGGACAAACUGUUCCUGCUCAAUAUUCAGCCUUUCCUGUCGCACAAUCUGAAGAAGAUUUCCGCCCAGCUGAAGGAAUACGCCAAUGCCACGAAUCCCGGAGAGCAAUCCCGCCAGAGUGAGAAGGCCCAGAGACUUAGCGAAGGAAUGGGCUUCUCGCAGCCUCGUCCACUGACCGAAUUGACUGGAGAGAAGCACAUUUUCGCGCAUAUGCACUCCCAUUUUGCCUGGAUACUCUGGGCUGGGGCGCAAUAUCUCAAGGAAUCCGUCACUAUUGGCAGUCCAAUGGUGCCUCCGUGGCUGGGAAAGGAUACAGAGGAGGGUUUCGCCAUGGUACAGAUUGACAAGGAAGAGUGGCUGAUGAGAAAGCACGGGAUGGAUGAAAUUGACGACGACGGAGCAAUAAUCAGAGAUUUCCGGAGAUUUAGAAUCCUUCUGGGCCAUCAUUUCUUCAAUGUCUGCUACUGUGUCCUCGUGGGGAUUCAGGUAAUCCUCAGAGGACCACCUGGAGAAACCCUUCGCAUGAUAAAAUGCUUUAAGAAGCUCCUCCCAAAGUAUCUUCACCGGCUCAUCCAUAUUGAUUCCUCAAAGUACCUGUCGCCGUCGGAAUGUCGCAUUUUGACGGUGUCCUCCAACGUGACUGUUCCCCAGCCUUGCACUGGAAUCUUCAGAGUAGACUUCUCCCGGGAUCGCGAGUGGAGAUUAUCUGUCGAAUGGCUAGGAGAAGUGCCUGGGAAAACACCGGACCUUCUCACUAAAAUCAUGCGAGCUUUCGAGGAAGAGCAGUUCACGGAUGUCGUCCUCGAGAAACACCUUCGCGUUCUCAUAGAAGAGUGGAACAAUAAAAUCAACUGUCUGAAGAAGAUCCAGAAUAGCCAGGACGUGAGCCGUAUCAAGAAGAUUCUCAAUGUGCAACCGCAGGAUGCGCUUCUAGUAAAUUAUUGGUCGAAUAAUGCGUAAAAAA